UCCCCUCUGCUUUGAAUCGCAUUCCUAUGCUACAUGUUGUUUCUCUUUCCUUCAGUGUGACAUUUUUACUUUAUUCUAAAUUAGGACGAUUAUGAAGAUGAAAGGUUUCUUUGUCCUAUAAAUAGUAGCUUAAUUUUCCUCUAUUCUUCUACCUGCUUUCAGAAACACCUCCCUCCCUUGCCCAAUAGCUCUAGCUCUUCAACUGUUUUUAUUGAGCUAAGCUAACCAUGUACUCCUCGAGCAAUAGUUUUACUAAUCCACUUCCUUACACCAACCAAACCACCGUCAGUACCUCCUUCUUUGACACUUAUCAAAACCCUAGCUCAAUACAAGACUACCCUUCUUCUUCUCCGCCAUUCUUGAAUUUCCCUGUUUCCACCUUUCUUGAUGAUGGUGAUUUGCUUCUAAGUGACUUCGUAACACAGCAGCAGCAGCAGAUUUUAGGGUUCAAUGACAUUAGUUUGGCAGCAGAGACUAAUAGUCAGGAAAAUCAUAUGAACCUUGCAGCUUCAAAGAAAGCAACAACAAGAACCAAUAAAAAGAUAAAGAGAAGUAGCAGUACUGCUUCUUCACAGCAGCCGAUUUCUCGAAAGAGAAGUGGGAAAAAGGACAGGCACAGCAAGAUCUAUACAGCUCAAGGGCCAAGAGACAGGAGAAUGAGGUUGUCUCUUCAAAUUGCUAGGAAGUUCUUUGAUCUACAAGACAUGUUAGGCUUCGAUAAAGCAAGCAAAACAAUUGACUGGCUAUUCACGAAAUCAAAGGCAGCAAUCAAGGAACUAACAGACAGUUACCCUAAAGUGAAGAGAAGUAGUGAUAGUGAUGGUAGCAGCAGAAGUGUUUCUUCUACUUCAGAGAGUGAAGUUAUGUCGGGUACCAAACUGACAACAGAAGAUAAUGGAGACAAGAGAGGUAUGGGAACGGAGGGUGACUCAUUUGUAAGACAGCAAAGAUGCAAAGAAUCAAAUAAUAAUAAGCCAAAUAAGCCAGUCUUUAAUCUUCUUGCUAGAGAGUCCAGAGACAAGGCAAGAGCAAGAGCAAGGGAAAGAACAAAAGAGAAACUCAAGCACAGAUGCCUUGAUAAAUCAAAACAUUGUUGUUCUCAAUCAAACCCUGACAUUUUGGAGCUGUUACUGCCCUCUGGCACUCUCGAAAAUGGUGAAAAACAAGAAAUGAAGUCUGCAGUGAAGACGGUUAGUGAUCAAGAAGGAGAAAAAGAAAAGGCAGAAGAUCAAGAACCUGGCACCAUUUUGGGGCUUACAAAUUCAACUGUAUCAUUUUCGUUUUUCGAUAUUUCCCAGGACGCUGUAAUUCCAAGUGGGCCUGAUUUCGAGGAUCAUGAAUUUUCAGGGUUUCCUGGAAACUGGGACAUUAUUAGCAAUGGAAGCAACAAUAAUAGAUAUUAUUCAAUGCCCAACAUGAAGCUAUCAGCAACAGGUAAUGCCCAUGUUCAAAACCCUAAUGCAAUUUUCAUGGCAACCCCAAAUUCCCAAGAACAAAAUCUUACUUCAGUUUUCAUGGCCACUUCAGAUACACAAAACCCUAAUUCUGGAUUUCAUGAACUUUUUAAAUUCAAAUGAGCAAAACCCUGGUCCAAUUCCCAUGACCACCAUAGACACUGGUUUGCGUUCUCACUUCAGACAAAGAUCGGCUCUCCUGCAAUCCAACUAAUGCCGCUAGUAAGUAAGGAAGCUUACUUCAAAGAGUCAAAAUUCUUAUGUAUCUUAUCAACCCAAAAAAGAAGUUUGGCUGUCUUCAACUACUGUGCCGUGAGUCCGUUGCAAAAAUGUCGGAUGAAAAUUUAAGAUUUCUCCAUGUGUUUACUAUCAAGCUAUUGUGUUAGUUAUUAUUGAAUUUGCUUUCUUAUUAUCAUUAUGAAACUUCUGUUCAGGAGACCAAUUUAAAUUCAUAUUUAGCUUCUUACAAUCAAGCCACUAAUUUUCUUUAAGUGACUUCAUAUUCAUUUAUUUUACUACUUCAGAAGUAU